UAGAGGCACAGAUACAUCAAGAGGAUUGGCUUCAGCUCUAAGCUCCAUCUGCUGCGGACAAUUUGAAGCAAUCAUAUAAAACUUACCAAAAACUAGGAAACGUACACCGGAAAACAUGUCUGUCAACAGCAAAUUUAGGAAUACAGUAUACAGAUACGAUGGCGAGUUCUGCAGCUUCUCCAUGGCUGAGUCAGACUUGGAGGUGAAUCACGCCAUGAGGGACUUCCUUCCUAGCUGGGCCCACUCUUCCCCCAGCCGAGAACCGUCAUGUGAUCGUGUGGUGGGGGAGGCCACUAGCCGCCCACUCACCCCGGGGAGACACCCUUUCUUCCGCCAAAUCACACCAAAUAGAACCUCCAGGGACUUAUCUACAGAGUCGGAAUCACUGUUGAGGUUCAACCUGAGCUCCAUGGACCUGCCUCUCAGCCCAUCACGUCCUAAGAGUCCUUGGGGCCACUUUGACCCCUACGAUUCAGUUGAGGACCAAGACAAAGAAUAUGUUGGUUUUGCAACGUUGCCAAACCAGGUACACAAAAAAUCAGUAAAAAGGGGCUUUGACUUCACAUUGAUGGUAGCGGGAGAAUCUGGCCUGGGAAAAUCUACUCUUGUCAACAGCCUUUUCCUCACAGACCUAUAUAAGGACAGGAGGCUUUUCAGUGCAGAAGAGAGAAUCACACAGACGGUGGAAAUCACUAGGUGCACAGUCGACAUUGAGGAGAAAGGGGUGAAACUGAGGCUGACCGUGGUGGACACACCAGGGUUUGGUGAUGCCAUCAACAACAAGGAAUGUUGGCGGCCUGUUGUAGACUACAUUGAAGAGCAGUUUGAGCAGUACUUCAGGGAUGAGAGUGGCUUAAACCGCAAGAACAUCCAGGACAACCGCGUGCACUGCUGCCUCUACUUCAUCUCACCCUUCAGCCACGGCCUCAGGCCUAUAGAUGUAGAGUUCAUGAAGGCUCUACAUGAGAAGGUCAACAUUGUGCCAGUGCUGGCUAAGGCCGAUAGCCUCACCCCAUAUGAAAUGAGGAAGAAAAAAAUUAAGAUACGGGAGGAGAUGGAGCAGCAUGGAAUCAAGAUCUUCCAGUUCCCAGACUGCGACUCAGACUCAGAUGAAGACUUCCGACAGCACGACCAGGAGCUAAAGGGCAGAGUUCCUUUUGCCAUAAUUGGCAGCAACAUGGUGGUGGAGAGCAUGGGGCGCCAGGUUCGAGGGCGUCUGUAUCCUUGGGGCACUGUGGAAGUGGAGGAUCCCGCCCACAGCGAUUUCCUGAUGCUACGCGACGUGCUGGUGUGCACUCACAUGCAGGACCUGAAGGACAUCACCAGGGAGACACACUAUGAGAACUACCGCGUGCAAUGCAUCCAGACCAUGACCCGUAAGGUGGCUAGAGAGAGAAGGCACACUAGACCGACUCAGGACAACAGGGCGGACUUUCCGAUCCCCUUAACGUCAUGCUCCACGGAUAGCAACGCAGAGAGACUUGUUUGGGAGAAGGAGGUCAAAUCAAGCAGGAUCCUUUAAAAGGAGGCUUCUUGCCCAGCACGGGCGGAUGCAGGAAGGACCACACAGGAUCCCGGGACAGAAAGAAGCUCAUUAGAAAAUGCCACCUAUUUUCAAUCUCUUCAUGUCCAAAACAUAAUAUUUUGUUAGGGUGUCUGACAGCGUCCAUGUGAUCUUUAUUCAUAAGUUCAUGUUAUACUCCUAAAUGCAAAAAAGGAAGCGGGGGUGAGGGGGCUUGGCGCAGGUUGGGCUUGUUAUGCUGCUUUCACGAACCCUGGAGUUAUUCCCGGGAUAUCGUGUCCCACACUAUCUGAAAGU